AUGGCAGAUCCAAUUUCCGAGCAUCCCUCCAAGAAGCCGAAGAUCACGGACGAUGAACAAGCCAGAUCUCCUCCCCCAAACUUGACUAUCCAAAAUUCACGAUUCCGAGAUGCACUGCAAUCUAAAGAGCAUCCGUUUUCUAAUGAUAAGGUCAGGGAUUGGGAAGACCAACCGGACCAGUAUCUGUCACAGCCACCAAAAAACGACAACUACUUGCGCAAACUCCAGUUUAAAGAUGUACUGGGACCAGCAGAUCAGCCUGAUGAGAACCCCGAGGAUAUGGAACGGAAACCUCUACCAAAUGCCAGCUCUGAGGAUAAAAUGAAAACUGAACCUAACAGCAGUACAGAGUCUAUCCUUGGUAAAAGGCGUCGAACGCUGUCCCUCUCCCCGGAAACCCCACCUAGUAAAUCAGGUUGGAGAGAAUCUUUGAGUCCAGGAAGGAUUCCAUCGCCGCAGGGAUAUCUACGCACAGUUCUUGCCAGACACGUAGCUAAGCAAGCGAGAACCCCGGUUGAAGAAAAGGAAGAGUUGAAGAGGCGUCUAGCUCUGCCAGAAAAAGCCAAGCUAAUUGUACUAGCUCAAGAUGAGCGUGAGAAGUACCUACUCCAGAUGUAUCGUGAGCGGGAGAAGUUACUCGCCAAACGAGUUGAGCUUGAGCAGAUGCUCAAGGAUUUUCGCCAACGUACUGGAUCUGAGGCCAAGAAGAUUAUGAAAGAGACCAAAGAGGCUUAUUUGAAACUUCAGGAUGAGUCUUCAAAACUGAACGAUAUCGUGAAUGCCGAGUUAGAUUUUAUAAAGAGUCAAGAUUCCCAACUAGAACAGCUUGUCAACGAGCCAGUACAAAGCUCAUCUCCUGUUUUGGUUCCCCAUCAAGGAAAGAAUCUCUUUGAGUAUGUCUGGUCAAAAGAUAAUCAGGCUAAGGGAUCCACAUCAGAGGAACAGAGCGAAUCUGGAGAGGAGAGAGAUAACAAAGAGGAUGAGAAUGACGAGGGCUCUGACGAGGGCUCUGACGGAGGCUCGGAAGGGGACUCAGAAGGGGACUCAGAAGAGGGCUCGGAAGAGGGCUCUGAAGGGGGUGAUGCAAAGGACAGGUCUAAGGAUGAGAGCCCAUCUGAGGGGGGUCAACCAGACACGAAUGAAUCAGGAGAUGAUGAAGCUGAUGAGCCAGACACAAAUAAAUCAAAAGAUGAGGAAGCUGAUGAUACAUUCGAGGAUGGUGAGUCGGAUCUCCAAGAGGAAGUUACUGGUAAUAGAGAGACCAGUCAAUCAGCAGACAUCGCACCCUCUGAAAGCGAGAUAGAAGAUGUCACAAUGUUGGAUGCAGGCGAGGAGACCGGCAGUCAUGGAAGUCAUAAGGCCCGUAGCCCUUCUGAUAUAGAGAUGCGUGAUGCUAGUGAGAUCCGCAGUCUUCAGGCCCGUACGACCGCUUCUGAUGUAACGAUGAUUGAUGCAGACCGGUCGAUGGAUGAGGCAGAGAAGCCCCUGCCGCAGCGAACAACACCCUCUCAAGUGGCUUCUUAUCUACGGAACUGGAUAUCCGGUAAGAAGACUUAA